GACAGCAUCGUCACGGCGGCGCGAGGGAGCGCGCGCCCCGCCUGCCUGCGGGAGGAGCCCGCAUCCGCACAGCCUGCGCUGCCCUGUCCUAUGCGAGGCGAGCUCAGAAGCAGCUCUGAGCAGAGUUGUGUUCAUCCUCAGGUGCUUCCUAGUUGAUCAUCGGACCCCUCGAGCAACAUGCCGGAACAGAGCAAUGAUUACCGGGUGGCAGUGUUCGGAGCAGGUGGUGUGGGCAAGAGCUCGCUGGUCUUGCGGUUUGUGAAAGGCACCUUCCGGGAGAGCUACAUCCCCACCGUGGAAGACACCUACCGGCAGGUCAUCAGCUGUGAUAAGAGCAUCUGCACCCUGCAGAUCACGGACACCACGGGCAGCCACCAGUUCCCGGCCAUGCAGCGGCUGUCCAUCUCCAAAGGGCACGCCUUCAUCCUCGUCUACUCCAUCACCAGCCGGCAGUCCUUGGAGGAGCUCAAACCCAUCUAUGAGCAAAUCUGCGAGAUCAAAGGGGACGUGGAGAGCAUCCCCAUCAUGCUGGUGGGGAACAAGUGUGACGAGAGCCCGAACCGAGAGGUGGAGAGCAGCGAGGCGGAGGCGCUGGCGCGCAAGUGGAAGUGCGCCUUCAUGGAAACCUCGGCCAAGCUCAACCACAACGUGAAGGAGCUCUUCCAGGAGCUGCUCAACCUGGAGAAGCGCAGGACCGUGAGCCUCCAGAUCGAUGGGAAAAAGAGCAAGCAGCAGAAAAGGAAAGAGAAGCUCAAGGGCAAGUGCGUGAUCAUGUGAACGCCCUCCGGUGGGAGCGGCGAUUGUGUGUCCCCCUCGCUUCCCCGCCCCCCUCCCGCGUGAAACCCACAGUCGUCAGGGUAGCAUGUCAGAUGCCCACGUGUUAAAUAUUGCCUUUUGACCGAGACGUGCGCUAUUGUCCUAAGAGGGCACUUCACACCACCACCGAUAAUCACCCCCUCUCCAGAAUCAGGGAGUCUGCCAGAUGCUUACACGGAAAACCAACAUGCCCGGCAUCGCAGGGACCCGAGAGGGGUGCCAGUCAUUUCUGGAGGCGUUGUUUGCCAUCAGGAGGUGGUCGGGCUCCUGCCCGCGGAAGCAGCGCGUCUGAGAGGAGGACGUACCAUCUGCAUGCAUGUGAGAGUGUGUGAACCUAGAGCUGCAGGCACCACCCCCAGACCAGACAUUCCCUCUGCUCAGAAGCCAGUGACGUCCCUGGGGGAGGGGCGGGGUGGGAGGAGGUGGGAAGAGCAGGCUGGGGUAGUUCCCUUCCAUGGUUUUUUCCCCCCCGGAUUAAAAAUAAAUAACUCGGCCCCUCUUCCCCCAGAGGAUGUUUGUUCCCUGUCAAAUCCCAGCUGACCUGUGAGCCUUGCCACUCUGAGGGGAUGGUCUCACCUCACUAAGCCUAGUUGGCAGGGAGCGUUUUAACCUUUCAAAGUCUUUCUUUUCGCACGCAAUGACGACUCCCUUAAGAGUGUGUGCUGCUCUGUCAGACAUUCUUCGAGUUCUGUUUGAAAUGUUUGAGAGAGGAUAUUGGGACAACACUAAAACAUCGCAAUAACGCGCCUGUGUGUUAUACUCUGAGCGUUUCAGAAAUGUGAAGUUUCCUUCCUUUGAUCCAUGAGGGGUCUGACUCUUCCAGCCCUCAGAUUUUAAAUAAAAGUAAUUAAAGUA